AUGCUCCGUACGCUCGUUGUAACUGUGUGCCUGUUAGCUCAGGGCUUGGCGUUGCCCACCAGGGCUCGGCCCGUGUUCUUUGGCCGGGGUCGGGUCAUCGGAGGCAGUGAUGUCAGCAUCUCUGACUACCCUUACCAGGCGUCGCUGCUGCAAGAUGGCUCCCAUUUCUGCGGCGCUUCCAUCAUUAGCGGGACCUGGACUCUCACUGCCGCCCACUGCGUCUUGGGUACGUCCGCGAGCAGACUGGGCAUGCGCGUAGGCACGACGACGCGUGACAGCGGCGGCAGUGUUCACAGCGCGUCCUCUGUUACAUGGCACGAGAGUUACAAUUUCUACACGAAUGACUACGACAUCGCAGUAGUGCAGACCUCUGACUCCUUCCCCCUGGGAGCUAACGUGCAGGUUGUGAGUCUGGCCGCCGCGAAUUACGACCCACCUGGCGGCCUCGCUGCCACGCUGACCGGCUGGGGCUCGGUGCAGUUCAACGGCGGCGUGGUGGACACCCUCCAGAAGGUGGACCUCAGCGUCGUGGACCGGCAGGCGUGCCAGAGCUACAUGGACUCGACGCCGUUGCCGCCUCUCGAGGUGACGCAGCGCAUGGUGUGCGCCGGCGUGGCGGGGCGGGCAGCGUGCCAGGGCGACUCUGGGGGUCCGCUGGUGAGCGCCGGGACGCAGGUCGGCGUCGUCUCGUUCGGCAUGUACGCCGCCUGCGAGAGCUCCGGCACAGUGUUCGCCAACGUCGGCAACCUGCGGACCUGGAUUACUAGCAAGACCAACGUUUAG